CCUUUCAGAAAACUGUAGGUCCCGCAAUCGUUAGCAUACAUCUGGAAUUCAUCAUUUCGAAGAUUUACUAAUGCUCAGGACGAUUAUAACUAGCGUAAGAUAGCAGGUGCUGAGCUAGUUGUACUAAAAAUCAUAAAUUAAUGUCCUAGUAUUAUUUGUAAAAACGCAAAACUUCAAGGUUUGCGUUAUCGAUUCGUCAACGUUUUUAGUUUGCACAUCCUUUAUCAGGAAGUAGGAGUAAUGAACCUUGUCGGUCAUAAACUAUAAAAACACAUGUGUGUGUUUACCCUAUGACAGGUCCUCGUUUCCUCUAUAAAAAACAAGCGCAUCGUUUCCUCGCCGCAGACAUUCACGUGCUUUCUAAUUGCCUGGUACUUUUCAACUGAAAUAAAAAAAAUGUUGGUACAUUUAACUUUUUUACUUCUGUCACUUUCUGGUCUAGAUUUAGUGCCGUUAAGUAAAGACGUAGAUAUAUCAUUACCUGAUGAUCUAGACCACAAUAAUAUAGAUGGAGAUGGAGAGGAUAUAGAUUUGUCUAGUUUAGGACCAGAAUCUUAUGGUACGCCGAACAAUGACAGUGGCGAUGCCCUAUCGACAUGGUCGGAGUCAUCGUUAAUGAAUCCUGAGGAGAUGGGCAGUUACGGUCAAGGGGACAUCCUGAUGCCGCCGCACCACGCCCGCAACGGCAUGAAGGACAAGACUUCGCGCUGGCCAAACGGCAUCAUACCUUACUCUAUCGACGGACAUUUCACUCAAGAACAGAGGGAUACCAUCAUGAGAGCAAUCGCCGAUUAUCACCGUUUGACGUGUCUGAGAUUCGUACCAUACAACGGACAAGCGGACUACAUCUCUAUAACUAGUGCGAAUACAGGCUGCUGGUCUAGUGUAGGAAGAAUCGGGCGUCGUCAGGAAGUGAACCUGCAGAUCCCAGGUUGCCUGUCCAAGAAGGGUACCGUGCUGCAUGAAAUCCUGCACGCAGUUGGCUUCACGCACGAACAGAGCCGGCCGGAGAGAGAUGAUUAUGUUACUAUUAAUUAUAAUAACAUUAAACCUGGUUCUGAGAACAAUUUCAAGAAGUCCGAUACUUCUUACACCACUGGUUACGGCGUCUCCUACGACUAUAACAGUGUAAUGCAUUACUCUGAGUACGCCUUUUCCAGGAACUCAAAGAAAACCAUCGAACCUAAGGUUGGAGGAAUGAAACUAGGGCAGCGGGAUGGUCUAAGCCGAGGCGACGUCAGGAAAGUAAACGCUAUGUACAACUGUAAGAAACAGGAACCCCAAACUGGUUGGCUGUCGGAAAUAUGGCAAAACAUUUUUGGUGGUAACGACAGAAAACUAGAGUAGAAAGGGACAGAAAUUUUAAGAAUAAAGUGAAGAUCUGCAAUGUAGAAUAAACUAGUCUUAUAAGUGUAUUUAAUUUUUGUUAUGUGAAAUAAUUUAAUAAA